CGGGCGCGGGAGGCGGCAAGAUGGCGGCGGCGGGGCCCGAGUCGGGCGGCAGCAGCGGCAGCAGCGGUGGCCUCGGGGGGCCGUCUGCCUUCAAAAAAUCCCUCACCCCAGAGAUGCCAGGUUCUUCCGGGCAGCCGGGCUCUCAGACGAUAAAGAAGGGGCACAGAGGAGUGGAUUCCACGGGCGAGACCACCUACAAGAAGACGACGUCGUCAGCCUUGAAAGGUGCGAUCCAGCUGGGCAUUACGCACACAGUUGGGAGCUUGAGCACUAAACCCGAAAGAGACGUUCUCAUGCAAGAUUUCUACGUAGUAGAAAGUAUUUUCUUCCCGAGUGAAGGGAGUAACCUGACCCCAGCUCAUCACUACAACGAUUUCCGGUUCAAAACCUACGCUCCAGUGGCCUUCCGUUAUUUCCGGGAGCUGUUUGGGAUCCGACCGGACGACUACCUGUACUCGCUCUGCAGUGAGCCGCUCAUUGAACUCUCAAAUUCUGGGGCCAGUGGAUCCCUCUUCUACGUGUCCAGCGACGACGAGUUCAUCAUCAAGACAGUUCAGCACAAAGAGGCGGAGUUCUUGCAGAAGCUGCUGCCCGGCUACUACAUGAACUUGAAUCAGAACCCAAGGACGCUGCUGCCCAAGUUUUAUGGCUUGUACUGUGUCCAAGCUGGGGGCAAAAACAUCCGCAUUGUGGUGAUGAACAACCUGCUGCCGCGCUCCGUGAAGAUGCACCUCAAGUACGACCUGAAGGGCUCCACCUACAAGCGCCGAGCGUCCCAGAAGGAGCGGGAGAAGGUUUUCCCCACCUACAAGGACUUGGAUUUUAUGCAGGACAUCCCCGAUGGCCUCUUCUUAGACUCGGACAUGUAUAAUGCUUUGUGCAAAACGUUGCAGAGAGACUGUUUGGUGCUGCAGAGUUUUAAAAUCAUGGAUUACAGUUUGCUGGUGGCAAUCCAUAACAUCGAUCUGGCGCAGAGAGAGCACGCCAUGGCGGACGGGACAUCCCAGGCCGACACGCGGCGGCCCGCGGCGCAGAAGGCGCUGUAUUCCACCGCCAUGGAAUCCAUCCAGGGGGAGGCCCGGAGGGGCGGCACCAUAGAGACAGACGACCAGAUGGGGGGCAUUCCUGCCCGCAACGCCAAGGGGGAGAGGCUGCUCCUCUACGUCGGCAUCAUCGACGUGCUGCAGUCCUACAGAUUUGUGAAGAAGCUGGAGCACUCGUGGAAGGCCCUUGUGCACGAUGGGGACACCGUGUCCGUGCACAGACCCAGCUUCUACGCUGAAAGGUUCCAGCGGUUCAUGUGCAACACCGUGUUCAAGAAGAUACCCCUGAAGCCAUCCCCUUCCAAGAAGAGCCGCUCCGGCACCGCGGUUCCUCGGCGGAGCUGUCAGGGCGGAGUGCCUUCCCAGCUGCACGUGUCGUGCGAGACUAAAGCACAAGUCACGACAGAGGCGGAUGUGGAGCAAGGUUCCCUCCUCGGUCGCCCGGAUCUGCUGCCCAGGACUCUGCCGGUGGACGAAGCGAACAGCGAUUCCGUCGCCACCACCCUGUCCACCUCCUCCUUGGGCAGCGGAGGCCUCCACUCGCCCGCAAACAGGUCAGUGGGCGUUCAGGUGCACAAAGCCGACAGCUCAGCAAAGGAUUUCGCUAGGACUGCUGCCUUCCUGUCUAGCUCCCCAGGACUGUCCGUCCCUGAGCCCUCCUUGGAGCUGAGGGAGCAGCUGGAAGAGCUGCAGGAGACGGAGAUCAGCUUCUGAGGCAGCAGUGAGGCAACGACGGGAGCCGAUGGUUCCGUGCUCUGCGUGGUCUCUGCGCUCCGGCGCGCGCUCAGCCCCCGUUGCUGACCUUCUUGGUUUUUAGUUUGUUUUUUUUUUUUUUGGUUUUUGGGUUUUUUGUUUUUAUUUUUAUUUUUUUGAAAUGUUACCUGGACAGAAAGCUGAGAGCGGGCGGGCUGCGCGUCGCGGGCGGCCGAGGGGAGCGGUUGAGCAGAGCCCUACAGGCACCACGCUGCUGGCGGAGCCCGGCAGGGCCUGAGCCGGGUCCUGGGGGGAGGAAGAGGAGGAAGAGGAGGAAGAGGAGGAACGGCUCCACGCGGACUGAAGGCCUUUGGAAAAGGGCUCUGACUUCCAAGGAGUUCGCCGCUCGCGAUGCCGACGCCGCAAACCGCGGCCUUUGGGAGUUAGCCCCUGGCCAGGGCGGAGCGACGCGCUCCUCUUUUGUAUUUCCAACGAGUUUUUAAUGUCGGCGUUUCCUGCGGUUUGGUCGCAGCCCUUCCCCUCGGCGCCGCGGCCCUGCUCUGUGUGCCCCACGGACGGCGCCCGCCACGGGAGCUGUGCGAGCUGCGGUGCACGAAGCCGGCGGCGCGGGAGAGCGGCGUCCCCUGGGCGUCCCUGCGGGGCUGGGCUCAGCGCCCCGAGCCUGCUCGCUUCUGGGAAUCCGCCACUGGUUCUUCAGCAAACGGACCAAACCCGCGCACAGACGUUGGGCUGAUCUGUGUGUUCACGAAACGCUUUUUUUUUUUGGUUUUAUUUUUUUUUAGGAAAGGAAGCGGCUCUGCCCCGUGUUCCCGAUGGGUUGGAAUCCUCCGUUGGUUUUUGUUUUUUAUAUAUUGGAAAAAAAAAAAAAAAAAAAAAAAAAAAAGAAAGCAAAGUCACGGAGCCGUGCCCCUGUGGCAGCACGAGGGGUUUCUGCGCGCUGAGGAACCCAGGAAUGUAGUGGUGCCGGGGGGGGGACGCUUCGGAGCCGACUCCCUCCCCACCUCCCGCCUCGAGCGGGCGCCGAUAUUUUUUUAAGGAGAAACAAAAAACACCCCCCCCCCCCCAAAAAAAAAACCAAACCCACAAACCCGACCCUUCUUUUGGAUGUCAUUUCCUAGUUUUGUUUCAAAAGACCCCACGGAAUGGCCUUAUUCCUCCGGGGGUCCGGACCCGGAGCGGGGUUGUGCGGCUCCCGGUGCCCCCGGGGGCUGUCCCACGCCGACCCCCGUCCCAGCGCUGCGGGGGAGGUGGGCUCUCCCCCCACGCUGCCCUUCCUUUAGAGCCGAAGUAACUGUCUAUAUUAGACGCUGUUCUACCUUCCCUCCCAUCUCCUGUAAUGGUUCGGGUUUCUUGUUUUAUUAUUAUUAUAAUUUUUUUUUUUUUUACCAGGAGGGAAGAAAACCAACUCUCGAUAUUUUUUUCUUUUUUUCCUCCCACGAUUUAAUAUUUAUGAAGUUGUAUUUAAGCGGUUUUGUUUCUUUUUUCUUUUUUUUUUUUCCUUUCGGGGAUGGUCAUGCAGUGAGUAGGGAGAUGGGGGGUGGUGUUUCUAUACGGGAUCUACCGACCUUCGCUUUGUAAUGGGUUUUCAGAACAACUGCCUUUUUUUUUUUUUUUUUUUUUUUUUGCAUCUGGAAGUGGCGACAACAACCGGUGCUCAAUGGCUCCCGAGCCCCCGCGGGGCCCUUGUGCAGCGGGGAGGGCUGUGGGGCCGGCUGCGGGACCGCCCGAUGGAUCCUGGAAUCAUUUGGUGGAUCCUGGCCCCAGGUGAUGGAUCCUGGGAGCACCCGAUGGAUUCUGGGACCAUCAAAUGGAUCCUGAGACUCAGCUGAUGGACCCUGGCAUUGGUUGAUGGAUCCUGGGACAGCCUGAUGGGUCCUGGAGUGAGUUGAUGGAUCCUGGCAUCACUCAGUGGAUCCUGGCAUGGACUUUUGGAUGAUGGCCUUAGCUGAUGGAUCUUGGCACCACGUGAUGGAUUCUGGGACUGUCAAAUGGAUCCUAGGUCCACCUGAUGGAUCCUGGCAUCACCCGAAGGAUCCUGGUGUGGUCUUAAGGAUCUUGGCCCCAGGUGCUGGGUCCUGGAGCGGGCUGACGGAUCCUGGUGUGGGUUGAUGGAUCCCAGCACCUCCUGAUGGAUCUGGCCCCAGGUCACGGAUCUCAGCACUGCUGUUUGGAUUCGGGCCCGGGUGGUCCCUCGGCACCGGGAAGCCCCGUCCGUGUCCCCGUGGAGCUGCUCGUGCCGUGUCGUGGACAGUGUCGUGUUACCUCUGUACCGUUUCGCCGUCGGCGGCCGUUCUGUGGAUACCCACGGCCCCGAAUACAGUGUGUGCUCCUGCA